GAUUUGAACCCUGAAGAUCCGGGUGUUUUUUUCCCCGGCCUUCUUGUUACCUUAACUGGAGUGAUUUUUGUAAUGAUACGACAGCCUUUUGCAGUUCAUUUGCCUGCCCAUGUUUCCGAUUGACUUGAGCGCUGGGGUUAUAGUAACAGAAGAAUAUCACCAGCACCGAGUGAUUUCCGGUGAAAUAUGUUGGGUCUAUAUAAACACAGGGUUCGCAAACCAUCGCCAAAUUGUAUCUUCGUCAUACAGUGAAUUUAGUGUUAGAUGCAGAAAGUAUACAAUGGGUCGUACCUUGCUAGUGUUUGCGUUCCUCGGUGUUGUGGUUGGGAUGGUGUGUGCAGAGAGGUACUGUGGCGACGGUUUCACUCGACGCUGGCCCAGUGGCAACUGCUACAAAGUAUCCCUUCAUCGGGACUUCUGGAUCCGGGCACGAGAGAUAUGCCGACUCCAAGGGGGUUGGCUGGUCACUAUCAAGAACGAAGCUGAUGGGAAUUGGGUCUCCGAUUUCUUCCGAAGGCACAGACCACAUGAUUGCAAUGAAUGGUACUGGAUUGGGGCAAAUGAUAUCUCCUCUGAUCACAGCUGGGUAUGGGACGAGGACGGCAGUAGAGUCACCUACGAUAACUGGUACUCAGGUGAACCGAACAACGUGGAUGGGGACGAGGACGCAGCGGUCGUGAACGCCGGGGACAACAAGUGGAACGAUCUGGGCCAUUUGACGUAUUACGAGAAUUGCUACGUCUGCGAGAUGUCCCUAAGGUCGACGUGUAAUUAGCUAGGGUUCACAUUUUUUUUCGUGAUACCGGUAAGUAUCGCUUUUUUUCGCAGUAUUGCGGAAAAAAGCAAUACUUAUUGAGAAAAAAAAUGUGAUAAUAGUGUAAAUGAUCUAACAGUAUCGCAAAAAAACGCAGUAAAUAACGUCAUUUCAACUUAAACCACGCCCAGCGCACACGCAAGUUGGAACAAUUGGAACCGGAAGUAGUAUAUAAAGUGGCGUGUUUAGCCAAUCCGGUUCGUUAGUGUGACGUCACUUCAGUUUCAACCACGCCCACUGCACAUUAAGUAGCAUUGGAACCAUUGGAACCGAAAGUUAACCCAACUUGAGUGUUUAUCCAAUGGGCGCUAGUAUUGCGCGCACGCGUAUGACGAAGUCACUAACGAACCGGAUAGCGUUUUUCAUUGCAUUUCAGUUUAUAUUAUAUUCCGAUUGAACUAUGGCUAGCUAUGAGGUAACAUUUAAGUGUUAUAUUUAUUAUAAUUUAAUCCGGAAGUCUAAAAAGUCAUCCAACCUUUGAUUCACAAACGAACGCCAUGAACUCUUAGUUGCGUAACUGGGGAAACGUUCCACCUCAUUUUCUGGAGGGAGGGGGGUAAUUAGUGGGCCAACUAAAACAAAACAAAACACUAAUUUUUGCCUUUCCAUCAAUUCUGAGCAGGCCGGGGUGGGUUUGGGGGCAGAAGUCGUUAAAAACACACUUUCAAUAAAUAUUUUGUAGAUGGAAAAUGUAACCAAGUGAAGGAAUAAUUAUUGUGUCUCCAAAACCUAGCCAUGCAAAAGCGCAUAGAUAAUAUGUGCUUUAUUUCUGAUUGUUUUCUUUCUUUCUUUUUUUGCUCUAAUUUGGUCACACCGAUCUAUUAGGCCUCUGCAUGCUCAUUCAAGAAGUUAUACAUACCCCGAAACAAAAACAAAUAGAACAAGACAAAAGAAGAUAUAUAUAAUAUAAUCCAAAACUUAAAAUUCAAAAUAUUAGUCUGCACAUUGUGCAUUUAAUAAAUUGCAAGAGCAUGAUUACUAUGACUGCUGAUUUAUAAGACAAUUUAACAAUACAUGUAAUUAGCUCAAAAAUAAACGUUCGUUCAAGUUGCACAACUUAAUCUCUCAGAGAUUCAAAUGGCAUACACUUCCAUUGAGAUCACAAGAAAAGCACUUAAACAAUUUAGCAAAUAAAGAGCGCAAUUAAUAAACACUUAAUCAGCACAUUUCACUCCAAAACUCAUAUUACCUUUUUGUACCAAUCAUUACAAUACAAAAAAACCCCAAAAAAAACAAACAUACUUGAAGUUAAUUGGAAUUCAUAAUUCUUUCAUUUUACAAAAAGUUCGAAACAACAAUCAUUUUGUUGACACAAAAGCAGCAUUUUUGUAUUUUAAGAUGACUUUGUGCUUUGAUCAUAACAGGCAUUUUAAAGAUAACUUACUAUUUUACUUUACGUAACUCGCGAAAUCACAUUCUCCACUCGUUUAAUCAGAAAAAAAGUUAAAUUUCAAAAUACAUCCACGCCGAUUUCCCAAAAGUAAAUUCUUAAGACUUGCUAUAUGCAAAUGAGGCAAACCGUUAGUGAAAAGCAUUCUUCUUCUUCCUAAAAGCAAGGUGCAACUACAUAUGCCAAAAGUUUUUCAUUGUUUAAUUUAAGGGCAGUGAACAGACAAGUAAAUUCAUCAGCUAAGACAACGUAAAAGUUUGAAGUAAAACGAUUAUACACAUUUGCUUUUGCUGUAAUUUUCAGAAAUGGAUGGAUCCGGAGGAUUAUUAGCAAAUAUGGUUUCACUGACUUGUUUGAAAUUUAGUGUUCGAAGAUGUUGAAAAA